UGGGCAAAGCCAGAUUCGAAUUAGAGAGCGGUGGAAAGCAAAGUGUUUGUAAAGCGGUUGGUCAAAAAGUGAUUGAAAUGCAGCCAUUAACAAACACAAGUUCCAUCUCCUAAGUGCUUUGUAACGAUGGUGCCUGUGCCACCUGCUGAAGAAGGCAAUGUGUCUGUGGUGGUACGAGUACGGCCCCAGACCUCACGGGAGAAGGAGGGCAACCGCCAAAGUGUGGUGCAGGUGGUUAGCGAUUGUCUGCUAGUUUUCGAUCCCGAGGAACCCAGCCUGCUAGGCGUCUUGGCAGGCUUCCAAGGGCAUGAUUCUGCCCCAAGACACAAGGGCAAGGAUCUGAAGUUUGUUUUUGACCGGGUGUUUGGUGAGAGCGCUACUCAAGUGGAAGUGUUUGAAAAUACAACCAAAGGGAUCCUGGAGGGUGUCCUGAAUGGCUACAACUGCUCUGUGUUUGCCUAUGGUGCAACAGGGGCUGGGAAAACACAUACCAUGCUGGGGUCCGAGAAAGAUCCAGGUAUCAUGUACCUCACCAUGGCGGAGCUGUACAAGAAAAUAGAGGCCAAGAAAGGGCAGAAGCAGUGGGAGGUUCUCAUCUCCUACCAAGAGGUGUACAAUGAGCAGAUCCAUGAUUUGUUGGAACCCAAAGGCCCUCUGCCUGUCCGGGAGGAUCCAGAGAAAGGAGUGGUUGUGCCAGGGCUCUCUUUUCACCAGCCCAAAACUGCAGAGCAGCUCCUAGAAAUGUUGGCACGAGGGAACCAGAACCGCACGCAGCACCCUACGGACAUCAAUGCCACUUCUUCUCGCUCUCAUGCUGUCUUCCAGAUCUACGUGAAGCAGCACAACAAUGUGGCGGGCAUUACCCAGGACCUGCGAGUAGCCAAGAUGAGUCUGAUUGACUUGGCAGGCUCAGAACGGGCAUCCAUUGCAAACACCAAAGGGGCGCGGCUGCGGGAGGGUGCCAACAUCAACCGCUCCCUUCUGGCACUUAUCAAUGUCAUCAAUGCCUUGGCUGAUGCAAAAAGCAAAAAACCUCACAUUCCAUACCGGGACAGCAAGCUGACACGCCUUCUGAAGGACUCCAUUGGGGGGAACUGCCGGACCAUCAUGAUUGCUGCCGUCAGCCCAUCUAUGCUUUCCUAUGAGGACACUUACAAUACCCUCAAAUAUGCCAACCGGGCCAAAGAGAUCAAACUCUUGAUGAAAAGUAAUGUUCUAACCUUGGACUGCCAUAUCAGCCAAUAUGCAGCCAUUUGUGAGCAGCUGAAAGCAGAGGUGGCAGACCUGCGAGGGAGGCUCCAAGCUUACGAAGAAAAGGGUCUACCAGUGAACCCCCACGGACCGGCUCAAGAUUCUAGGCCUAAGCAGGAAGAGCUGGUCAGGAUAAAGGAAACCUGUCUGGGACAUAAGGGUGAUGGGGAGAUGGAUGCAGAAUCGAAGCAACUGAAACUGGGUGGUGGCCCCUCAUGUUUGGGAGAAAACAGCCUGAAGCAGGAGUCACAAGAGAAACCCAGUUACUCCAGCAUAGAAUCCUCAAACCCAGUUAAACAAGAGGAAAACGUGGGCAUUGGGCAACAGAAGAUGGAAAGAAAUCAGCUGGAGAGGCUAAUAACAGCCAUCUUUAGCAUAGCACGAAAGCAGUAUGCUGUGCUGAAAGCCGCCAAGCUUCUCACCCCAGAUAUGAUAACAGAGUUUGAAGAGCUGGACCUCUUGGUACCUCGAGAGUCUGGGGAGGCACCAAAGGCUCCCACUGCGGAGAAGAAACAAGUGGAGCCAUGUGCAAUUCCCGAGGUUGCCCUGCCUCUGGAAGUGCCACAGCUUGUAAAUCAGGCAGCUGAGCAUGCCACUCCAGCAGGCAUCUCUGGAUUUCCACCAGCUUUGCUAGAGAUCUCGCCGACCCUGAGCAAUGUGUUCAAGACCCCCCGGCUCCCGGCAAAGAGGAGAAAGUCAGCGAGAAGCACAACACCAGCUGAAAGAAACACCCCGUCUGUCCCGAAGGGACGGGCGAAGCGUCGGCGGAAAGCUAGUGUCCCUCCCCAGCAAGAGAACUCCCCAAAGAAAUGGGCUAUCCCUGCAGGAAUGGACUGCACCAGCACCCCUAUUGCGGAUACAGCAAAAUCUCACCAGACCCACCUGCAUAUCCCACAGCCCUGUCCUUUGACAGUCACCAAGGGCCGAGUUCCCUUAGCUUCCUCAGUUGCUCAGAACUGCGCUACGCCACUUCCGCCAUGUGGCCUGAAUGCAACUUUUGACCUUGGUGAGAAUCCCUGUCCGGCAAGCGCUCCAGAAUUCCCUGCUUGGGAGAGCAUACAGCAGUUCCCUAACCCCCAGGGAGUCCCUCUGAUACCCAGGGCAUCCAUGCCAGUGUUCACUAUGAAGGGCUCCUCCAUUCCAAGAUCGUCUUCCUUGGCCUCCAGAACAUCAGUGCAGAAGAGGAGACAUGCUGCAGGUUCUGCUUCCCACUUGCUGGGUGCCCCACGGAGCCGCAUUGCCAGGCUACAGCAAAGAUCUGUGCAGGCUUCACAAGCUGUGAAAGCACCAGCAGGACAUCCCUCUUGCCGCUUCAUGUGGAAAUGAUGCUAGAAAGGUUCUGCGGUUCCAGAGAAUCAGCACCAUCUACUGCGAAGCUGAUUUACUGAUGCCUUCUGUCCAAAUUUGGGGCCAUCAGCAUCCUCCCUCUCUGUUGUCUUAUCAUAUGUAAUUUCCUUCUCCCUGUAAGGGCAGAUGAAUUCUUGUUACAUUUUCUGACCCCAGCCUCUCUAUAAACUUGGCCUUUGUCUUUAGAAUUAACCAUCAAAAGCUGAACAGCAGCACAUUUCUAAAAUAAA